GUUUUGUGGCAUUCAUAAUCCCAAACACCAACAAACAAAGUUUUGAUCUUUUUCUUCCCAAACCAGAAAUUUAAUUCAAUUCAGUUUUAAUAGUUAUCAUUAUUCCCCAUCUCACUAAGAAAGUUUUGAUCUUUCGUUUCUUCCAAUCAUUAUUAUCAAGAUUUGAUUUGAUUUACGUUAGUUAAUCAAUCAAUCAAUCUUCCUCAACCUCUUUCGACGCAUUCCAGAUUUUUCUGCAUCAAUCUAUUUAGGAUUCAUUGUAAGGAGUAGGUUAUCUGCCCUUGAUUUGUGUGUGGACCGAAAAAAAUUGUUUCUGGAGGUGAAAACCGUGUGAUGCAUUUUUUAAUUAGAUGAAGUCGGACAAAGAUUGGCGUUUAGGAAGCAUGGGUGAUAUGCAGAUAUUGCCCGGGUCUCGGCACCGUCCUCCCAUGAAGAAGCCAAUGUGGAUUAUUGUCUUAGUGUUAUUUGUAUGCGUAUUUCUAAUAAUUGCUUACAUGUACCCUCCACAAAGUAGUUCUUCAGCCUGUUACAUCUUCUCUUCUAGAGGGUGCAAGCGAUUUUCUGAUUGGCUUCCACCUGCUCCUGCAAGAGAAUACACCGAUGAAGAGAUUGCAUCGCGUGUUGUGAUUAAGGAUAUUUUGACCUCACCGCCGGUUGUUUCGAAAAAAUCAAAGAUUGCUUUCAUGUUUUUGUCGCCUGGUUCCCUCCCACUGGAAAAAUUAUGGGACAACUUUUUCCAAGGUCAUGAAGGCAAGUUCUCAGUUUAUGUGCAUGCAUCCAAGUCUAAACCAGUUCAUGUGAGCCGUUACUUUGUCAACCGGGAUAUACGCAGUGGCCAGGUGGUGUGGGGUAAAAUUUCUAUGGUUGAUGCAGAGAGACGGAUAUUGGCGACUGCCCUUCAAGAUCCUGAUAACCAGCACUUUGUUUUACUUUCUGAUAGCUGUGUACCUCUAUAUCAUUUUGACUAUAUUUACAACUAUCUGAUGCAUACAAAUAUCAGCUAUGUUGACUGCUUUAAGGAUCCUGGUCCUCAUGGGAAUGGGAGGUACUCAGAUCGCAUGUUACCUGAAGUUGAGGUGAAAGACUUUAGAAAGGGUGCACAGUGGUUUUCUAUGAAGCGGCAGCAUGCUGUUAUAGUUAUGGCUGAUUACCUGUAUUACUCAAAAUUUCGGGCUUACUGCCAGCCUGGUUUGGAGGGGAAGAAUUGCAUUGCUGACGAGCAUUACUUGCCAACCUUCUUCCAGAUUGUUGAUCCUGGUGGAAUUGCAAACUGGUCAGUAACCCAUGUUGACUGGUCCGAAAGAAAAUGGCAUCCAAAGUCAUAUAGGGAUCAUGAUGUUACAUAUGAGCUUUUGAAGAAUAUCACGUCCGUUGAUGUUAGUGUACACGUCACCAGUGAUGAGAAGAAAGAAGUGCAAAGUUGGCCUUGCUUAUGGAAUGGGAUUCAGAAGCCAUGUUACCUAUUUGCUAGGAAAUUCACUCCUGAAACACUGGACAAGUUGUUGCAUCUAUUUUCCAAUUAUUCAACACCUUGGACUUGAAUCCUCUUCGGCUAGUUUGAUCGAUUCUUUGGUCAGAUAACUUGUUGCUUUUGGCCUCCAUAUUGGUUUCUCAUAUCACAUGAGAGUUGUAAAUUGCAGCAUUGUUGAGGCUUGAUCGCCUGCCGGCCACAUAUUUUGGGUGCAAGGUAAACUGGCAUUGCUAGGGUGGCCUGAGACAUUGACAGGAGGUUAACGAUAUAGGGUUGCUUCCUCGGGGAUUGUUGGAUGACUGAACUAAUAUUUUCCCUACCAUUUUUGGUUAUAUAAGUUUUAUCUUUAACAUGGUAAAUUUUGGGGGAAUAUUAUCAGCUCAUCUAAUGCUUGUUGAUCUUUGUAAAACUUGCUUAAGUUGAAAAUAUACAACGCCUUACUGUCUCUAUUCAGAAGUUCCUUUCUCCAUUCUUAUGUUUACUUUUUUGAUGUCA